AUGCACACUGAUCUCGAAACCGUUGUUAUCAACCCUCCUUACAAUGUUGGUGCUCUCUUCAAGUCUGCUCCUUCCUCUCCAGACAUCAAUGUCUACAACCGCUCCGUGUCUGAAGUCUUUCAACAGAGACUUGAAUCCAUCACAAACCAAAAGUGGGAAACUGAUCAAGAAAGUGCCUUCUUUGUUGCUGAUCUAGGCGAAGUUGUUCGCCAACACAUCCGCUGGAAGUCAUUGCUUCCUAGAAUUGAACCAUUUUAUGCCAUCAAGUGCAAUCCUGACCCAAUGGUCGUCCAAUUACUGGCUUCUUUGGGCUGCGGCUUUGACUGUGCCUCCAAGCAAGAAAUCCAGCAAGUACUCGAUGUGGGUGUAGAUCCCAGCCGUAUCAUCUAUGCCAAUCCUUGCAAGCAAGCUUCCUUUAUCCGCUACUCUGCUCAACAGAAUGUCAGUCGCAUGACAUUUGACAACGCCGAAGAGCUCUUCAAGAUCAAAAAGUAUUUUCCCGAUGCUGAACUCGUUUUGCGUAUCUUGACAGAUGACUCCAUGUCUUUGUGUCAGUUGGGGCUUAAAUUCGGUGCUCCUUUGCAUACCGUUCAACACUUGCUGCAAACCGCUAAAGAGUUGAAUCUGAAUGUCAUUGGUGUUAGCUUCCACGUGGGUAGUGGCUGUUUGGAUGCAAAUGCUUUUGGUGAUGCCGUGGUGCGCGCAAAGAAUGUCUUUGAUCAAGCCAAGACAAUGGGCUACGACUUCAAGUUCCUCGAUGUUGGAGGCGGUUUUCCUGGCGCAGAUGUCAAGGAUGGCAUUACUUUUGAAAAGGUCGCUGCUGUCUUGGGCCCCAUCGUUGAUCGUUUGUUUCCAAAGGAUGUUCGUGUGAUUGCUGAACCAGGUCGUUACUAUGUUGCCUCUGCCUUCACUCUUACCGUCAAUGUAAUUGGUAGAAGAACCAACAUGGCUCAUGUAGACCAAACUACAGCUAGUCCAGAAUACAUGUACUACGUUAAUGAUGGUAUGUAUGGCUCCUUCAAUUGUAUCAUCUUUGAUCAUCAAAUUGUGCACCCAAAGGUGUUGAUGAAGAACGAAGUGUUUGCCUAUGGCCAAGACCUUCCUGAAGCUCAAUAUGAAAGUAGUGUUUGGGGACCUACUUGCGAUUCUAUUGAUUGCUUAAACAAGUCUACUCGCUUGCCUAAGCUUGAACCAGGAGACUGGCUCUACUUUGAUAACAUGGGUGCUUAUACCAUUUGUGCUGCUUCUCAGUUUAAUGGCUUCAGAAAGUCUGAAGUACUCUAUACAAAUACUUUUUGUUAA